AAAUGGCCCAUAAAUCUUGCUGCGACAAGGCGGGGCGACCUCUUGGUCAAGGAGUCCUCUUGGCCACGUCCACGUCCGGCUAUAAAUGGCAGCGGCACAUGCCUAACGGUAAUUAGUAGCCCACUCAAGUGACCAUCAUGCACAUCACAGUGAGUAAUCCGCAUAGGUUUUGUCUUCCCCGAUUCCCAAACGAAAUCCGCCAACAGGUUGUUGUUUGCCUCGUACUCACCUGGGGAAUAAGCCACAGUGAGGCGGCCACGACAAUCCUCCAUGGCAACGGCCAGCUGGCCAGUGCCGUUUCCCAUCAGAGCUUCAACAGAUUGUCGUCGGCGGAGCCACUAAUCCUCCAGUCCCACAAGCAGCUGGUCGCUCCUUCAGCGCGGAUUGUCAGCCAUCACAAAGCAGGGGAGCUGCGGGGGUUCUUUCCGGCGGCGGAGGAGGUGGAGGAGCAGCAUCCUCCCACCUCCGGUCAGACGCCCGCCCACCUCACCUACGCCGCCCAUCCGGUGGUCCACCAGAUGCUGCCGAGGAUUAAGCCCGUGCGAAACAUUAGCUUCGCCUCCCUGGUUCCAGGACCUCGCAGCCUGGCCACUUAUCGCCACUUGUAAUCAGUUCCUUCGCAACUAAU